CCCCUUUAAUUAGAGAAAAUAAAUACUCCUUAGAAAGUUUGGAGUUAUUAAAAUCUCUAAACUUAAAGCCUAAUUCUACUACUUUCUUAGUCCAAGAAGAAAUUAUUCCUGAUCUACAUACUGCUUUUGGCACAACUAAGAGCAGUUAUUUACCUUUAAAAGAAAAGUUUUUAAAAGGGGAACAAAAAACCCUCAGGAAAGUAAAAGAACUAGCCGAAAAGAAACUUAGUGAAGAACAAAUCCAAGAAAAUAAAUUAUCUAUUUUAAAAAGUCUAAUGAACUUUGCUGAACUAAAUAUUUCUUCUUCCGAGAUUAGUUUAAUUUUCUCAGAAAAAAGACUAAAAGACUUUGUUUAUUCUUUACCGGA